AUGCGCCUCCUUCUUUCCUGUCGCCCCGCUAUCAGGUCACAUUCAUCCAGGAGCUCCUCAACUCUCCUGCGCCUCUCGCAGCAACACCGGCUCAGGAUGGCAAGCUCACAAGCCUCCGUGUUCGGGCUGAAAGACCCCAGCUUGGUCAAAUUUCAGUCACUCAUCGAUGGCAAAUGGAUGGACGCACACAGCGGGGAGAAGAUUGUCGUGACAAACCCUGCGACAAACGAGGAGCUUGGGACCGUCCCGGAAAUGGGUUUAGCCGAGACCAAACAGGCAAUUGAGGCUGCAUCUAAGGCGUUCGUGAGUUGGAGCAAGACGACGGCCAAGUAUCGCCAUGAUCUCCUCCUCAAGCUCUAUGCUCUUAUGCAGCAGCACCAUGAAGAUCUGGGACGGCUCAUCACUCUGGAGAACGGCAAGCCUCUCGCCGAGGGAAAGGGCGAGAACACGUACAGCGCCUCAUUUGUUGAGUGGUUUGCUGAGGAGGCUGUCCGGACAUAUGGAAAACAAAUUCCGUCCGCAAAUCCCACUACCCGCAACAUCGUGAUUAAGCAACCCGUUGGUGUUGUCUCGAUUCUGACCCCAUGGAACUUCCCCUCCGCCAUGAUCACCCGCAAACUUGGUGCUGCCCUCGGAGCUGGAUGCACUGCAGUCAUCAAACCUCCUCCUGAGACACCAUUCUCUGCACUUGCCAUCGCUGAGCUCGCUGCACGCGCUGGGUUCCCAGAAGGCGUCAUCAACAUUGUCACGACACAAAAGAAUGUAUUGGAAGUUGGUAAGGAGAUGUGCGAAAACAAGAUUGUCAAGAAAGUCAGCUUUACUGGGUCAACACCUGUUGCGAAGCUGCUCUACGGAAUGGCUGCGUCCACUUUGAAGAAAGUCUCGCUCGAGGCUGGAGGAAACGCGCCGUUUAUUGUUUUCGACGACGCGAAUAUCGAUGAAGCUGUCGAAGCUGCUAUUCUCUGCAAAUUCCGAGGCAGUGGCCAGACAUGUGUUUGCGCCAACCGUAUUUAUGUCCAAUCCUCUGUCUACGCUGACUUUGCCUCUCGUCUCGCCGAACGGGUCGCCCAAUUCAAAGUUGGAAAUGGACUUGAGGAAGGAACCACCCAUGGUCCCCUAAUCCACACUCGUGCUGUUGAGAAAGUUGAGAAGCACGUCAACGACGCAGUCGAGAAAGGUGCACAAAUCCUCGUCGGUGGCAAGUCCAUUCCCAACACCGCCUUCUUCGUCCCGACCGUCCUCUCCGAUGUACCCGCAAACGCCCUGCUCAACACCGAGGAGACCUUCGGACCUCUCGCUGCGCUCACACGGUUCGAGACGGAGGACGAAGUCCUCAAGCUAGCAAACGACACCGAUGUCGGCUUGGCUGGAUAUUUCUUCUCGAGGGAUGUUGGAAGGGUGUGGAGGGUCGCGGAGAGGUUGGAGGUCGGCAUGGUUGGCGCGAACACGGGCUUGAUCAGCCAGGCAGUCAUUCCGUUUGGUGGGAUUAAGGAGAGUGGGCUCGGAAGGGAAGGAGGGCCGCACGGGAUUGAAGAGUAUAUGAACACGAAAUUGAUAGCAUUUGGAGGGCUUGGGGCAUAA